UCUUAUUCACCUUGAAAAGAAGAUAGACUCCAACACUGUCUUAUUGGAAACUAUGUUGAGAUUGACGAAAGGUGAUUCUCUUCGCGUGAUUAGGGAUAAACUGCGGAUCGCCAAUCCUGCUGCUUUGCCAGAAUGGGAUGCACCAAGAUUUUGUGGUGGCCAACGAGUGAACUGCUCAGUGAAUGGGAUGGUGAUUGGCCUCGACCUGUCAAACUUGCAACUUUACGGCCAGAUACCUUCGGAGAUUGGUUUGCUGAGGAACCUGGAAUAUCUGACAGGGCUAGGAGAACUAGCAAGGAGGACGGAGAUAGACGCUCGGAGACUCUUGAGGGGUGUUGAUCAGGAGACAUUGGCUAGGUUUGGGACUGCAAUCUGUCUCAAGGAUAGAGGUCCUGUCACGGGUGUACUGCAGAUCCGGAGAGGCACGGCCUUGUUGGCCGAUCCCGAAGGAGAGGUUUACGUAGACACAGGGAUUCUUGGGAUAGAGGGAGAGCACGAGAUCCGCGACCGGUACGGAAUACUGGAAUACGUCAAGUGGGCAGAUGGUCUGGGAGAUGUAUCGAUGUUCCCUUCGAUGAAGGAGAAUGUCGAAGCAAGGAGAGUAAAGCCGAGUAAAGAAAAGGAGCCGGUCAGGAACCAGAGCAUCAAGAUAACCUUUGAGGGGGAUAUGGCGACCACAGCCAUAAGAGUGGCAGCCACCAAGUCGGCGAGAGGGUCUACAUCGAAGAAGACUGACACGGAUUACGUGAUGGCGGAGAAGGACGGGCUGCGGGUCGAUGGAGAAGAGGUUAUCCUUUCGCCGCGAAAGCGGGGAAUGAAGAAGUUCUUAAUGAAGAGUUCACUGGACGAGAUUGACACGGUCGAGCCACUGAGGCGGGCCCUUCGGCAACCCAUGCAGUGCUCUAUGCUGGAGUACCUGGCGGCAUCGAAGCCGACUCGUGAUGAGUUACAGAUGAUCACGCGGAAGACUCGCAUACCUCUAUCGGAGGAGGGUCAGGGGGCCCCUAAGGCGGAAGCUUCUACUGUAGCAGUAACGGGGGUGACUGCCAGAGCAGAUCGCAUGGCGACAGUCCUUCUCAAUGGAAUGGAAGGUGUGCCUCCAGACAAGUUUUAUAUACUUGGUAGCGGGGCCGUGGAGACGAUUAUAAACGAUGGAGCGGUACUCGAUGCUGUGAUCGAUAACGGUAGUGAGGCUAUCAUCAUAGACGAGGACCUGGCAGUACAGGUUGGACUGGGCCUCGAUAGGUCAUACCUAUUCGAGAUAGAGACGGCUGAUGGGAGAAAGCAACAGAUCACUGGGGUUUGUCACAAGGUAGCCAUAGAGGUCCAAGGGGUACGAGUGACCCUGUCUGUCUUUGCAGUCAAGAACUGCAGCUCCGACCUGCUCUUGGGUCGAACGUGGCUGAGCCACGUGCAUGCGGUGACGAUAGAGCGACCUGAUGGGAGCCAAACAUUGUCCAUUAAGAAGCCAGACGGGAUGCGCGUAAUGAUUGAGACAGUGGAGCCUCGGGACCCGAGGAAUAGAGCAGCUCUCGUUGUGGGUGCAAGACCCAGUGAUCAGAUUAAGUCGUUACCUAUCUCCGGCCGGGCGGUGCGAUUUCGCGAGAAGAAAUAUGGACCACUGCUCACAGAGGAAGAAGGUUAUGAUGAGGUACCGCUUGACCCUAGAGACAGGCACCUCACGGCUACGCAUACGCCAUUGGGACUAAUACAGAUGAUGGUUGUCCCUAUGGGUUGGACUAAUGGGGUAGCCGUUUUUCAGAGAGCCAUGGUAGCCGUCCUCAAGGACUUCAUCCCUGAUAAGGUUGAAGUUUUUCUGGAUGACUUUUCUAUAAAAGAGCCAGUAAACAAGGAUGAGGCAGAGUUUGCACCUGGAGUUAGAAGAUUCGUCGAGCAGCACCUAACGGAUAUUUGCGCGGUACUCGAGCAGCUGGACGAUGCGAAUCUAACAGUCAACGGAACAAAGAGCCGAUGGGCCGUCUCGACUAUUAAGAUCUUGGGCUUUAUCUGUGACUCGAGGGGACGUCGAGCAGAUCCUGCAAAGUUAGACAAACUCCUGAACUGGCCGUCACCAUUACAUAGUCCAACCGAGGUCCGACAGUUUCUGGGAGUGGUCGGUUACUGGCGAAUAUUCAUACGAGGGUAUGCGGAGAAGGCUGAGCCAUUGCGACUACUCCUUCGAAAAACUGAGAAAUUGUACUGGGAUUCCUCGCAGGAACUCGCUAUGCAAGAGCUUAAAGAUGAAUUUAAGGAGGGAGGACGCGUACUGGGCGUGUCGUUGUUUGAUGAUGAGGCUGGGAGACCUUUCAUAGUAGCCACGGAUGCUGGACCUUGUUCGGUAGGAGGGUUGUUGUCUCAGAAGGACGCUGAAGGGAAGGAAAGACCAUUAAGAUUUGAGAGUAGGACACUUAAUACGGCAGAGCGAAACUACAGUCAAUUCAAGAAGGAAGUAUUAACUGUUCUGCGGUGUCUAGACACGAUCAGACAUUAUAUCUAUGGACGACGGUUCAUCUUGAGAGUGGAUCCCACCGCGGUCGCCUCUGUCCUCCAGAAGGACUUUAGCCCGACAGACCCGACCAUUGCACGAUGGUUAAUACGGAUUCGACUAUAUGAUUACACAGAAGAGAGGAUAUCUGGCACUAAAAAUGUCGUAGCGGAUGGGCUCUCUCGGAUCCCUCUUGAGGGAGAGCGCCCGAUAGUAGCUGGGGCCGUGACAAUGGCGGAGCCGAGACGCGCCGAGAGAAUUCUGGUUAACCUUUACGAGGGCAAGUACCAAACGAUCGGGCUACACCUGAUGGGAGAGGAGAGUCAAGAUUUAGAUAUCCGGAGACGAGCAGCCCAGUACUGCCUUAGAGCGGGCCACCUUUUCCGAAGAUCAGUAGGGUCGGAGAUGCCCUUACGAGUAGUCUGUGAUCCUGAAAAGAGACAGACGAUAGUAGCGGAGCUUCACGAUGGGGUGGUCGGAGGACAUAGAGAAAUCAGAGGGACCUACGAAAAGGUACGCAGGCUGUACUUGUGGGAAGGACAGUAUAAGGACGUCGAGAGAUAUUGUAUGACCUGCGAAAAAUGCCAAAAGAGAGCUCUUGUGAAAUACAAACAGCCGCUUCAUCCAUGCUAUCCAACCCGACCAGGAGAGAAGGUACACAUCGAUCUGGUUAAGAUGCCGAAAGGGGUAGGCAAUAUGAACUAUGUUGUGAACAUACGAGACGACUUCACGGGGUUCGUGGACGGUAGACCUAUCAGGACGCUGUGGGAUUCCGGUUCUCAGGGCGACUUCAUUCACCCACGCGUGGUGAAGGAAGCCCGCGUACCCACGACAGGGUCUCCGACUCCCAUCUCCGUUACCCUAGGGGAUGACAAGACCCAGCGCUUCUUCGAUCAGACGGUCACCGACCUCCCCUUCUUCCUCACUCUCGAGCCGACUGAGCGUUCCCCGGCGUCUCGUCGCCACCGCUCCUCUGCACAUUUCAAUGUGAUGGAGACGGGGUGCGACUUCAUUCUCGGCACUCCGUGAUAGUUGUUGCGAAAGAAAAAAUAAAUUCAGAGAUUUGACGAAGUCCUACUUCAUUCACUAAUGAGUAAUCAAUAGAUCAAGCAAGC